AUGGUACGGUGCGGUAAGCGUGUUGCCCCGCCCUGGUUGCUUCCCCACUCACUCCCCUCCCCACCCCUUGUCCAUGUGACCCUCUGGAUGCAGUGGUGUUGGGACCCCCCCUGCCAUACGGCCACACAGGCACAUGGCAGGCGCAUGCCACCCCAUCUUGCCGAUCCUCUCUCCUCACCUCCCCUCCCCAUCUCCCCUCCCCACCUCCCCUCCUCAUCUCCCCUCCUCAUCUCCCCUCCCCACCCCCCCUCCCCACCUCCCCUCCCCACCUCCCCUCCCCACCUCCCCUCCCCAUCUCCCCUCCCCAUCUCCCCUCCCCAUCUCCCCUCCCCAUCUCCCCUCCCCAUCUCCCCUCCCCAUCUCCCCUCCCCAUCUCCCCUCCCCAUCUCCCCUCCCCAUCUCCCUCCCCAUCUCCCUCCCCAUCUCCCUCCCCAUCUCCCUCCCCAUCUCCCUCCCCAUCUCCCUCCCCAUCUCCCUCCCCAUCUCCCUCCCCAUCUCCCUCCCCAUCUCCCCUCCCCAUCUCCCCUCCCCAUCUCCCCUCCCCAUCUCCCCUCCCCAUCUCCCCUCCCCAUCUCCCUCCCCAUCUCCUCUCCCCAUCUCCCCUCCCCAUCUCCCCUCCCCAUCUCCUCUCCCCAUCUCCCCUCCCCAUCUCCUCUCCCCAUCUCCCCUCCCCAUCUCCCUCCCCAUCUCCCUCCCCAUCUCCCUCCCCAUCUCCCUCCCCAUCUCCCCUCCCCAUCUCCCCUCCCCAUCUCCCCUCCCCAUCUCCCCUCCCCAUCUCCCCUCCCCAUCUCCCUCCCCAUCUCCUCUCCCCAUCUCCCCUCCCCAUCUCCCCUCCCCAUCUCCCCUCCCCAUCUCCCCUCCCCAUCUCCCCUCCCCAUCUCCUCUCCAGGCGACCCGCUGGACGCAGUGGUGUUGGGCCCCGCCCUGCCAUACGCCCACACGGGCACAUGGCAGGUGCACGCCAUGCUGCGGUUCAUCGACGGCGCAAGGGGUGACAGGACAGGAGAUCCGCUGGAUGCAGUGGUGCUGGGGCCCUCCCUGCCAUACGGCCACACGGGCACAUGGCAGGUGCAUGCCAUGCUGCGGUUCAUCGACGCUGCGAGCCGAGUUGAACAACAACAAGUAGCCAUGAACAAUCUUUGGACCCAGACAUGGGACGUGUCGCGAAGCUUCGCGCCUCCACCCAGGCCGGGGGGCGCGGGGGGACCGGGAGCAUCAGCCGUCGCGCCGGCAGGCCCGGAUUUCACGGCGUUCAAUGCGGAGGUGGCGGCGAUUGAGGAGGAGAUCAAGAAGGCGAACAAUGACGUCAGCGAGGUGCGGAACGCAAACAACCUGACGUUAAAGGAGGCUCGCCCGGAGAAGCUAGAGGAGCUGCGGAAAGACGCGGAGCGCUCCUCCGCGCAAGCCAAGAAUCGCACGAAGAAGAUUAAGAAAAUGCUGGAGGAGUUAAAGCUGAACAACGAGGCGAAUCGCAUGCGACCCGGAAGCGGCCCGGGAACCGCGGAGGAUCGCCACCGGACGAAUAUUACCGUUGGAUUGGCGGAGCGUCUGCGCGGACUGCACCGGCUGGUGAUGGUGGUCGAAGAGGAGGUUCAAAACGAGAGCCGGAAGAAACUGCAGCGGCAUCUGUUCAUGGUGACGGGAAAACCGGCGACUGACGACAUGCUGGAUGAGAUUCUCGAGAACGGGCAGAGCGAGGAUGUGUUAAAAAAGGCGGUGCGAAUGCAAGGCCGCGACGUGACGAUUAACGAGGACCAGCUGCGAGACGCCGUCGUGGAUAUUGACGAGAAGAUGAACGUCGUCAAACAGGUUACCAAGGAAAUGGUGGAGCUGCAAGGCAUGUUCUUGGAUAUGGCGGUUAUGGUGGAAACGCAGGGAGAGUAUCUGAAUCAAAUUGAGGUGGGCGUGGAUGCAGCGGUAUCGCAUAUCGUGGACGGGACCAAAGACCUCGAGAAAGCCGAGAAGAUUCAGAGCAACACGCGUCGCACGCACUGGUUGAUCAUCUCUAUCGUGUUGAUCAUCGCUGCGAUAAUCGUCGCGUCCGUCGCGUCGCUGAUCGUGUCCGCGGCGCCGGAGAGCUCGCGCGGCGCAGUCGUCGGCGUGGUGGUGGUCGCGGAGAUUGCGCUUAUAGCGGGGGCUGUUCUUAUAUGCGUCAUGACGAAGCCCUUCCAAACGCUCUUCUCUUUUAAGUUCUAA